CCACUUUUACAACUAAAACAAGAAGCGCAGCUAGGCGUGCUCAAAGUACGCCAACUGAACCUGAUUCAAUAAGAAUGCCUAUCUAAAAGUCAAACUAACGUGAAUAAUGCGAGAGGAUUUACUUAACAUACAGCAGUUUUAAAGGUACAGUUUGUGGGAUAAAUUGAGAUGGCUACUACUGAGAUGGACUCUGGUUCUUCAGAAAGCAAAUCAGAACAUGGGCCAGUUGAUCCUGAUUCAAAGUACCCACUGAAAGUUCUUUAUUGUGGAGUGUGCUCUCUACCCACAGAGUACUGUGAGUACAUGCCUGAGCCAGCCAAAUGCAGGCAAUGGCUUGAGAAAAACUUCCCGGAUGUAUUUGCAAGGAUGACUGUAGGUCUAACUGGCCCUACAGGAAAUGCACCCAAGCAGGAAACCUGCACUGGAGAAGCUCCCCCUGCAGGCGAGGAGGAGGAGAAGAAGAAACAGAAGAGAGGUGGCAGAGGUCAGAUCAAACAGAAAAAGAAGACUGUGCCUCAGAAAGUUACGAUAGCAAAGAUCCCAAGAGCCAAGAAGAAAUACGUCACACGGGUGUGCGGCCUGGCAACAUUUGACAUCGACCUUAAAGAGGCUCAGCGGUUCUUUGCUCAGAAAUUUUCUUGUGGUGCCUCAGUGACGGCAGAGGAUGAAAUAAUCAUUCAGGGAGAUUUUACAGAUGACAUAAUCGAUGCCAUCCAAGAGAAGUGGCCUGAGGUGGAUGAUGACAGCAUCGAUGAUCUGGGUGAAGUGAAGAAGUGAAGACCAAAUAUGCACUUUUACUGAAACGGAUGUGACCUGUAACAGCAACAAAAAACCCUGGCCAAAUGUACACAUUAAGUCAUUUUAUACCUAUUUUAUUUACUGUUCAUAAAAAGCUGCGGACUUGGCCACUCACUUGGCAAUUUUUUAGUUAAUAGCUGCUUUCUCUCGUUUGCCAAAGGUGUGGUAUGACGUGAAUCCCUCCCAAAUGUUCUUCACUCAAGCAAACUGUAGGCUAAUAAAUUUCAGUCUCCUUCGCCUGUA